AUGACAUCUGAAGACACACAUGACAUAAAGGAGCUGGAUGAAGAGGUGUCUGUGUAUUCCCCAAAGCAGCAUAUCGUCCGAGUAUGGAACAUGUUUAUUUCUAUUUCGUGUUUAGCAGCUGUAACAGUAUCUCUGUAUGAGCUGUUUGUCAACUCUACUGUCCAAGGGGUCAUCUUCCUGAGAUAUGGUCUGGAUGUGGUCUUCAUCUUUAACAUUAUCUCACGCUUUCACAUCGGAUACGAAAGUCAUGGGGUGGUUAUAAUAGACCCUAAAAGAGUCCGGAAAAAAUACCUUAUGACUUGGUUUUUAUUGGACCUCUUGUCUGUUGUACCUCUGGAAACAUUCAAAACAACCUUUCGGGAGCUAAAGUUCUUGCAUGUUAAUAGAUGUCUGAGAGUGUUCAGGUUGUUUGGUAUAAUAACCUCGUUCAGUAAGGAGCCAGACACCAACAAAGUUCACGUUACAGCCCUCAACUGUUUCUCCAUUGCGGUUUUGUGUAUUCAAACCUCAGCAUGCAUUUGGUUUAAAGAGGCAUGUGAUGGAGCUUAUGAUGGUCAUGCAAGAUAUUGCCCCAAAGAGGAGAACUGGUUGCAACUGCUACCAGAAUAUUCUUCUAAUUUGACGGCAGUCACAGACAUGGAGUUCUAUGCUACAUCACUAUACUGGUCAGCUAUCACAUUAUGCGCCAUAGGCUUUGGAGAUAUACAUGCUACAAAUUUGGAAGAGGUCACAGUUGCGUCAUUUGUGAUGGUGGUUGGAUUGCUUGCCGUCUCUGGAAUCAUCAUGACCAGUAUGAGCUCCAUUAUAAGCAAUAUGGAUGCACAAAGAGGAAGAUUCUACCAUAGGAUGGAAACUGUUCAUCAUUAUGUGACACACAUGGGCUUACCAGAGGAAAUCCAGACAUGGGUGCACACAUAUUAUUACUAUCUCUGGACACACCAGAAGGGCCGAGUCAUCACAGGACUAAUGGAUGAUCUUCCAUUUGUCUUGCACUCAGACAUUUCAAGCUGUUGUUACAAACCUCUGCUGAAAAAAGCAAAGUUAUUCAGAGAAACACAAGAUGGCUUCAAAAGGGCUUUGUCAGUUAAAUGUCACACCUACACAUACAGUCCUGGACAAAUUCUGGUUAAAGCUGGAGAAGUGUAUCAAAAUCUGUAUUACAUUAAACAUGGACGUGUGCAGGUUCUUGGAGAAAAUUCUAGUGAUGAGAUUGCAACACUACUGCCUGGCUCAUUGUUUGGUGAGGUCCAUUUGCUUUACAAAAUUCCUCGAAAUGCAACGGUAUAUGUGUCUACAUUGUGUGAAAUUUGUAUAUUGGGACACAAAGAUUUGCUUUCACUCUUUACUGACUACCCUGAAGCUGGUGUUAAGAUUGCCAGAGCCGCCAAGACACGUGUUGAGAAUUUCAAAUACCCCCUACGAGAAGCUUUUGCAUAUGGACUUGCCUCCCACCCACAAAACGUUGUGUUUGAUAAGGACCUGAGAAGUGACUUUCAGUCUUUUUGGAAGAGAACUGUCCACCCUGGUAGUGCCUUCAUAAAGAAUUGGGAGGCCUUCUUUUUUUGGUGCAUCACUGUUUCAGUUUUCCUGGAGACGUGGGUGGUUUUUUUCACCAACAACGUGUACACAGUGGGACUCUACAGUGAAGGCUGGGGUGCUCUUUACCUCGCAGUCGGUGGCCUGAUUGACUUUGUUGCUGCAUUUGACAUACUUGUGAAUCUACGCACUGAAGUUGUAACUGAAGAUGGAUACGUGACAGAUUUCACAGUAAUAUUUCAAACAUAUCGGAAGUCUUGGAACUUGUAUUAUGAUGUCCUUGCUGUUCUGCCCUUGGAUUUCAUAUCUUUUGCUUAUGACGGUGCAGAACAUUGGAAAAUUUUGAGUCUACUCAGGCUGAAUAGACUUAUUUGGCUUCGCAGGAUUUAUCUUUAUUUCUACAAAAGAGAAAGUGACAUAUAUGCAAACCUGUUUGUACAACGAACUGCGAAAUGCCUCUUCCUCCUGAUUUUCUCGGUGCAUUUUUGUGCUGGACUGUUGUACCUGUCAGCAUGCUUUGAAUUCAAAUGUCAUGAGGAAUCAUGGGCAUGGAAUGCUGGACUUGAUUCCAACCAGUCCAAUUUCUAUCAUUACAUGUAUGCAGCAUAUUGGACAACUACGGUUAUGACAAGUCUCGGAUAUGGUGACAUCAUUCCUGGUUCGUUGAUUGAACGAUGUCUUGCAGUUCUUGUUGGUUUUAUUGGCGUGUUGAUUUUCAACUACAUUAUUGGCCAGGUUUUUGCCACGGUCUCAGGGGAAAAUGCUAUCAGGGUGACUUUCCAGAACCUUCUUUCUGCAAUGCGUGACUUUAUGGAGCGACAUAACCUUACUGUAUCUCAACAAAACAGAGUCAUGGAAUAUAUGAAUCUCCUGUGGUCAAAAUACCAAGGUGAAGCAUACCCUGGAGGACCAUUUUUAAUGCGUGACUUGCCAGUUGAACUGAAACAGACUGUUCUCAUGGCGGAGAGAGGGGAGCUUCUAUCAAAGAUUCCUUACUUUGAAGAAGCUGGACUGUCAUUUAUACAGGACCUUGCUUCAACCUCAGUCGUGUACUUUUUUCCCAAAGGGGAAAUCAUCCAGUAUAGUAAUACCAUCACAAGAGAACUCUUUUGCAUUCGAGAAGGAACAUGUCAGAUUUUGAAUGAUGACCUUUCAGAAAUUGUUGGACGCUAUCGAAAGGGCAUGUAUUUUGGAGAGGCAGGUUUUUUGUUUGGAAAACAAGCCACAUUGACAGUGCGUGCAAUGACAUGCUGUGAAAUUUUAGUUCUUGAUUUUGACAAGGUCAGAGUAGUUCUUGAGAAAUAUCCCGUGCUUAAAGGCCAAAUUGAAGAACUUCAAGCAAACUCAGAAUGCUACAAGGCAUUGGUUGACACUGUGGAGAAAAAAAUGAAAAGGCAAUGCAAAGUCCAAGACGAAACUGAGGGUGUACAGAAGAAGAAGAAAGUCCCAUUGACAUUUCAGGGCCGUAGAUAUUCCAAGAAGUCAAAAUGCUAUGUGGAGGACUUUGGAAACAUUCCAAUCUAUGCUGGAUCAGAGGAAGAAACAGUUGCUGAAAAAGUACAGAAACUUCAAAAGAAACGACUAGGAGCACGGAGGCCAAAGAGAGCCAUUUUGCCCAGCAAUUCACUGUAUGUAAGAUGGGAGUUUUUCCGGACCAUGUUAGCCGUUGCAGUCAGUGUCAUUUCCUCAUUGCUUUUUGCAUUUUUACACUACAAAAUGGAGCUGUGGAUUGUUUGUUACGUACUGGGAUUGCUUUGUUGGAUUGACAUGUAUAUCCGUAUGCAUGUUGCUUUCUACAAAAGCAAUGACCUCCAAGUUGACACACUGGAAACAGCACAUCAUUAUGUCAAAAAUGGCUUCCUUGUGGAUUUCAUAACCUGCUUUCCCUGGGAACUUGUGGGUUGGAUGAUGGUUUCACCGUUCAGUGAAAAUGGAUUUUAUGGCAAUGCUUCAGCAUUACAUCUUUACGCUUACCUAAGGAUCCCGCAUAUUUUCCAGUUGUAUCGUGUUCCCCUUGCAUUUUCGUUCAUGCAGGCUGACAUUGGCGCAGAAAAGAACAUUAUUACUUUUGUGAAGUUGUUAUUGUAUUGCACCCUCUUCAUACACUUCAUCACUUGUAUUGUCUUUGCAAGUGUGUGCCCUGUAGGGGACCUUCAUGGAGACAACAAAAAUUACCUGCUCCCAGUGACAAAGCACAAUUGUACACCAUUGUCAUGGGUGAAACGGUUGGACAGGUCAUUUAAUGUUGAUUUUGACACUGUUACUUUCUCGAAGUUAUAUAUAGUAAGCUUUUACUUUGCAACCACAACAAUAUGUGGUGUUGGAUUUGGAGACAUACAUCCAAGCGUAACUUCAAUGAAAAUUGGCAUGAUUCUCAUCAUGAUUGCUGGGACGCUGUUUUGUGGCUGGUUAUCUGGCACUAUUACUGCUAUGCUUGCCAAUGCUGAUGCCAUGAGAGCUGCUUAUACUGAGAGAACUGAGAGCAUGAAAUUAUUCCUAAAGAGCCAUGAAAUAACUGGGGCUUUAUACGACAGUAUAAUUGGAUUUUACACAUUCCGAUGGAUUCGCACGAAAGGAAUUGAUCAAGACAAACUGUUUGAAUAUUUACCCUCUUCACUAGUUGGUGAUAUAUCAACAGUUCUUUAUGCUGAUUUUAUAGCAAAGGUGUUUGGUCUUAAUAUCCAGAGGAAGAAUGAGAAUGAAUCAGUGAUGCAUCGUUUGACUCCUCUGGAAAUCAGGAAAGCGGGAAAACUCAAUGGGUCAUUUUUUGAGACAAUGCUGACAAAGGAGAAUAUGGAGCAGUUAGAAACGGACGGAUGUUUCAUUCGCCUGUUAGCCAGAAGAAUUCGACCAUGCCUUUACAGAGCCAGUGAUCUCAUAUAUAAGAAAAAUGACUAUGGAUCAGAGAUGUACUUCAUUGAAAAGGGAGAAGUGGAUGUGCUGUCAAAGGAUGAAUUAACAGUUGUUGUCAAACUAAAAGCUGGACAAUACUUUGGUGAGAGAAGUUUGCUGCUGGGAGAACCAAGAACUUCAACAAUAAGGGCUGCAACAAAUUGUGAUCUGUAUGUAUUAUCCAAGAAAAGCCUUGAUGAAACAUUCAGGUACUAUCCUUGCAUUUACAAGCAAAUCCAAAGAGCAGCUGACUUGAUGAAAGACCAGUUACACCAAGAGGAUCAUGACAUCAGAACAUUCAGAAAGCCUGAAACUGCUGAAGACAUUCUCCUUAGAGAUGGCGGAUAUUUAAAACUCUACAGAGAUUGCAUGGCAGAGGAAGUGCACAGAGCUGAACAAAAUGCACGUCCUUUGCAUAUCAGACUAUGGACAGCAGUCCAAGGAAUGUUCACAAUGAUUUUCAACACCGUGAACAAAAUACACAACAAAACCAUUGAUCCAGAGAACACUUUUCGUGUGGUCUAUCAGUACACAUCCUGUCUCCUGAUCGUAAUUCUUUUCUGGGCACUAACAUACAUGUCCUCUGUUUAUGAUGUUGACUGGUAUAUCUUCUUGCUCACAAUGAUUGUUGAAUUCAUUCAGAUGAUUGAGAUCAUCUUGAAGUUUCACAUUUGUUAUUAUGAUGAGAGUGGAACAUAUAUUUCAGACUACAAAUCAACAUCGCAGAACUACAUGAAGAGAAAAAUUGGAUAUGUCUUUGAUCUGGUCUGCUCAUUUCCAUAUGGCCUUUUAGUUUUGCACCAAAUGUAUACAAUUGAGCCAGCAACAUUCCUGCCUAUGAUCAUUUAUGCCCGGAUGGCUCACUUACCACGCAUCAUUACACUUUUAGUGUUUAUGAGGAAGGAAGAACAGUCAAUAACAACCAAUCUUCUGUGCAUUAGGAUCAUCAAGUACUUGGUACAUGCAGUCCUCUUUAUUCACUGUGCGGCAGUGUUGUGGAUUUCAUUUGUUAAGAUGUAUGGAUUAAUGUCAUGGGUGGGUGAAACAGAGAUUUAUUCCUUCCCAGAAAUGUACAGAUACGCUACCUACUUGGUGUUACAAAUCUACACAACAACAGGAUAUGGUGACAUAAAGGCAGCAAACCUUGAAGAAAUUAUUGUAUUCGUUAUGUUAAUGAUUCUGGCAAAAAUUCAAGUGAAUUAUAAAAUGGGACUUCUCACUUCUACACAAACAAACAAGAGGGCACUGCAGGUAGCCUAUGAAGAGAAGUUAGAGACUAUUCAGACAUACAUGAUUGAUAAGAAAAUCCCAUCUGCACUGCAAAAACGUGUGAUGCAAUUUUACAAUUAUCGAUGGAAUCGCACCAAUGGGACAGAUGCUGAAGUUUUGUUCAAAGACAUCCCCCACUGUUUGAAAAUGGAGAUUUUGUCAAGAAUCUGCAUAAAGCUUUUGAGAAAACAUCAGCUGUUCAGUCAUCUCCCAGAACCUUUUCUCAGGGAACUUUCCACAAGAAUGCUCAUCAGAUGCUUCCCUGUUGGAGAAUACAUUUACAGAAAGGGAGACACUGGCACUGGAAUGUUCUUGAUAUUAAUUGGCAAGGUAAAGCUGUGUCCAGACACAAGAGGCACAAAGAUCAUUGAGCGUCUCUCUGCAGGAGCAGCUUUUGGGGAUCAAUUCUUACUGAAACGUGCGCUCUACAGAGACACCGCCAUUGCUGAAAACUAUGUGGAUAUUGCCAUUCUCUCCAAAGACUCUUUUGAGGAUGUAGGUCUCUUAUAUCCAACUGUUAUGAGCAAGCUGCUGAAGACAGCCGCUGAUAUUCUGAAGCUGUAG